UGGCUGUGCGGGUGUCAGCCACAAUCUGAUGCCAACAGUUCAACCAGGAGUUCAACGAAGCAACGAAUGGGUUAAUGUAAUCCCUAGUUGAAAAUGGGCGGAGACUCCAGCUGGGACGCAAAGCGGACAAACCGAAGAGGCAACACUCAAAUCUGGAAAAGAAAAUCGCUGCUGGAGUUGUAUUUAUUUAUUUAUCUAUUGGACCUUUUUUGUGUUUCCUCUUCCACUUCACCUUUGUACAGUUUUUUGAUCGUAUCGAACCGGAAAGUGCCAUGAAAUCGAUGGAAAUGUUUUGGGAGUUGCUGUCAGCUAUGGGUUAAGUAGUCAAGACACGGAAGGCUGUAGCUGUAGAGGCGUCCAAAAAGAGAAACUCAAGGAGCGGAUCAGCAGGACUGCGUGGAGCGCUCCCUUUUUCUGCAUACUUUUAAAACGAUGGAAAAGUCUCCCUGCAUUUACACGGAUUCUUCAUUAUGAGCCGAAAAUAAGCGCUUCGGUGGAGCUGAAAUGGUCUAAAUACACUUUACUGUUGUGGUUUGCACACAUCAACAGGACUAAACCCCAAUGAAAAGUCCGAUGGUGAAGUAAUAAACCGGUGUCAGCUGCGAAUAGAGAUUCGAAUCUGGUUACAAAGCGUUGAUAAACACGCCGAGUGACACCAUGUGGAGCCCGGGGACGUGGAUGUGGCGAGCGGCUCUGUGCUGCAUGCUUCUGGAAACAUUUCUGCACACUGCGAGAGGUCUUAACAUGUGUAUGAGUGGCAGCGCUACCUCCUGUGAAGAAUGCCUCCUGAUCCACCCCAGUUGCGCCUGGUGCGCACAAGAGGAGUUUGGGAGGGGGCGGACUCUGACAUCACGGUGCGAUUUGAGUCAAAACCUGCAGAAGAGGGGCUGCGAGGCGCGGUUCAUUGAGUAUCCCACCAGCAGCAUCUCUGUCCUGCAGAACAUGCCUCUGAGUUCUAAAGGGUCCGGGUUGACGCAGUAUGGCGUCGUCCAGAUUAUGCCUCAGAAGAUCUCUCUCAGCCUGCGGCCAGGAGACCAGACGUGGUUUGGGCUGCAGGUGCGGCAGGUGGAAGACUACCCAGUGGAUCUCUACUACCUGAUGGACCUCUCUCUUUCCAUGAAAGAUGAUCUGGACACCAUCCGUAACUUGGGCACCAAGCUGGCUCUAGAGAUGAGCAAGCUCACCAGCAACUUCAGGCUGGGCUUUGGCUCCUUUGUGGACAAAAACAUGUCCCCCUUCUCCUACACAGCAUCCAAGUAUCAGGAGAAUCCAUGCAAUGGAUACAAACUGUUCCCCAACUGUGUCCCCACCUUCGGUUUCCGCCACAUCCUCUCGCUGACGGAUAAAGUGGACCGUUUUAACGAGGAGGUGCAGAAGCAGAUGGUAUCUCGCAACCGGGACGCGCCAGAGGGCGGAUUUGACGCCAUCCUGCAGGCUGCUGUUUGUAAGGAGGAGAUAGGUUGGAGAAAGGAGGCCUACCACCUGCUGGUGUUCGCCACAGACGAUGUUCCUCACCUCGCUCUGGACGGCAGGCUGGGAGGCCUCGUCCAGCCGCACGAUGGACAGUGUCACCUCAAUGAUGAGAAUGAGUACAGCGCUUCCGAAAAGAUGGACUAUCCCUCUCUGGCUCUUCUGGGGGAGAAACUGGCAGAAAAUAACAUCUUUCUCAUCUUUGCAGUGACAAAACGGCUGUAUGUUAUUUAUAAGGAUUUUACUGCACUCAUACCUGGAACUACAGUCGAAAUCCUGGACCAGGACUCCAAGAACGUCAUUCAGCUGAUCAUCGCAGCUUACAAUAACAUCCGCUCUAAAGUGGAGCUGUCGGUGUGGGAUCACCCAGAGGACAUCAACCUUUCCUUCACCGCCACCUGCCAGGAUGGAAAGCCGCUGCCAGGCCUCAGGAAGUGUGCCGAUUUGAAGAUAGGAGACACUGUAUCGUUCAACGUGAGCGUGGAGGCGAGGAGCUGCCCUCCCCGCGGCACCGACCAGAGCUUCACCAUCAAGCCGGUGGGGUUCAAAGAGCGUUUGGAGGUGUCUGUGGAUUAUCAGUGUGACUGCGGCUGCAGCCGGACCGCACAAACCAACAGCAGCAUCUGCAGCUCCAUAGGUACGUAUAACUGUGGGACUUGUCACUGUGAGCCGGGCUACCUGGGCGCCCGCUGCGAGUGCCAGGAGGGCGAAGCCAGCAGCAUGUACCUCAGCGCCUGCCGGGAAGCCGAGGGCAAGCAGGUCUGCAGCGGGCGAGGAGAGUGCAGCUGCAACCAGUGUCUGUGCUACGAGUCGGAGUUUGGCAAGAUUUACGGCAGCUACUGCGAGUGUGACGACUUCUCCUGUGCCAGACACAAAGGCGUCCUCUGCUCAGGUCACGGAGAAUGUCACUGUGGGGAGUGUAAAUGCCACGCCGGUUACAUUGGCGACAACUGUAACUGCUCCACAGAGACGUCGUCCUGCAUUGCAGACGACGGGCAGAUGUGCAGCGGGCGAGGCAACUGUGUGUGCGGCCGCUGUCAGUGCACUGAGCCAGGAGCCUUCGGAGAUACCUGUGAGAAAUGUCCCACCUGCCCCGAUGCCUGUGGCACUAAAAGGGAGUGUAUCGAGUGCCGGCUUUUCAACUCCGGGCAGCUUGCAGACAACCAGACGUGCCAGCGCCUGUGCAAGGAUGAAAUCAUCACUGUGGAGACCCUCAAAACGGAGGAGCCCGGCGCUGUGCUUUGUCUGUAUAAGACAGACAACGAUUGUGUCAUGAAGUUCACAUAUUCGGAGCACGCCAGCGGACAAUCCGUCCUCACAGCUCUAAAAGAGCCAGAGUGCGGUGGUGGGCCCGAUGCUCUGAUGGUGCUGCUGGCAGUGGUCGGCAGCAUCCUGCUGGUGGGAGUGGUGCUGCUCGCUGUCUGGAAGUUGGUCAUCACCAUUCAUGACCGGAGAGAGUUUUCGCGCUUCCAGAGCGCACGCUCACGAGCCCGAUACGAGAUGGCCUCCAACCCUCUGUACAAGCAGCCUGUCUCUACACAUUUUGUAGAAACCGAUUUCAACAUGUAUGGGAAGUCCUUCAACGGGGGGGUCCACUGAUCCCUCGGCACGGGGCGCGGCAGGACCGGUCCGACAAACAGAUCCCCGGAGGACGGGGCCCGAGGUGGACGGCGGACUCAACACACCCCAUCCCUCAGCACGGUUCACACCUGAUAACAGAAGUGAAAUGAACUAGACUGUGUCCGAAGGGAAGAAAUCUGUGGCCUUUUUUUUUUUUUAUUUUUCUUUCUUUACGCAGGAGAUUCAAGCCUACCCCAGAGACAUGAUGUGACUUCUUCUUUUUUUCUUGAUCUGUGUGUUUCGCUGACAGCGGUGGCAGUCUGGAGGAGCAACGAAGAAUGAACUUCUUCUGGUAGAGAGAGAGAGAGAGAGAGAGAGAGAGAGAGAGAGAGUGAGAGAGGUUAGCGGUGAGUUUGUCUGCAGUUACACAAAAUAAACGGAACUCUCUCAUACAAACCAUGGCUCCAACCAACAUUCAAUCUUUGCACAGAGCAGGCAGGACAUUGGCUUAUAUUUGUAUAUUUUUUAUAAACACUAAAACUGCAAAAGUAUAAACUGCAUCCAACAGGAUUUACAGGAUUAUUAAAAAGCACAUAUUUCUAAAGGUGGCUAUGAUGACAUUGUGGUACUACUAACAUUUACUAAGCAAUAGACUUCUUACCCUCAUUUUGCACAGAGAAUAUUAAGAGUCAAGUCAUUUAAAUUUUCUUUCGUGUGUGUGUGUGUGUGUGUGUGUGUGUGUGUGUGUGUGUGUGUGUGUGUGUGUGUGUGUGAGAGAUUGUAUGCUCCAAUUGCACUCCCUUCUCAACCAGGACUCCCUGAAAGAAGAGAUAUUGUUUCUCAUUGCGGCCUUCCUGGCUAAAUAAAGGAUGAAUUAAUCUGAAUGGCAGGGUACCAACUCAUCCCCCAGCCUCUGGACCCUUAAAGGAUAAUGCUGGUGUUACUCUAGAUUUCUUUUUUGUUAACAAAUCCAAUUAAAAGACCAAAACCAACAAUUUGGUUGUCCUAUAAUACUUUCAGACUUCUCUCUUCGUCUGUUGCGCUCAGACCCAAACUCAUUUGUUCCUACUGAAGACAUAAAUUUUCAAAAUGUGGCAAAAAAAUAUUAAGUUUCAUUUUUCUAAAAGCAGUUUGUUAAACGGAACCACUUGGCAUUGUGGUUUUAGACAACAUUACUUAAAGCUGGGGUAGGCAGUUUUCUAGAAAAGGCAACAACAAAAAAAGGUUAUUGUGGAAUUUUUGCCCAAUGACGCCAAAAAAACUGCCUACCCCAGCUUUAAAUUUGAGGAAACGGUGAGUUUGUUGAGGACUAUUUUCAGCAACGGAUUAAUACACACAUGAAGCUCUAACACGCACACACGAAACACUUGAUUAGUAAAUUGACAUACAUUUGAUCUGCAACUAUUUAUUUUUAAAAUGGGAUAAUCAUUAGUUUUUUCUCAAAAACAUCAAAUAUUGUCAGGAGGCAGUCAUUUGCUACUUUUCCUAUUCUUCUGUAAAAUGAAUAACUGGGAUUUGGACAGUUGGUCGGACAAAACAAACAAUCUGAAGAUGUCACCUUGGGCAUUAGGAAAUUGUGACAGGCAUUUUUUUUUAUUUUUUUUUAUUUUACUAUUUUCAGACAUUUUGUUGACCAAAUCAAGAAAAUAAUUGGUGGAUUAAUCCAUAAUGAAAAUAAUCAAUAGUUGCAGGGCAACAGUGUGGCGCCUUUUAUGGGUUUUAGAAGUUUUUGGAUAAUAAUCAAACUCUUGUUAAUUUCUUCAGUUGUUGCGUUUUGGUUUCUUUGACAGCGAGAAAAGUCUGAAAUAUCACGUGCCUCGGAAAACCUCACAAUCAGAGACUUCCCGUGUUAAAACUCUGUAUCUGCAGCACUGUGGUGACUGCCUUAACCCUCUGAGGACAAAAGACGCACCGGCAAGUCCACACUCCACACUUUACGUUAUAUAUUACACUACUUUUGAGAACCCAAGACUUUUGGAAAUUCAUUUCAAGCACCAAAACAAUUGAGUGUAUUGUUUGUUUUCUCAAGAGAUUUGAGAAAUUUCAAAAAGCGAACAUCAACUUUUCGGCUUUACAUGUUGCUCUGGAUCAAAUUUGGGCCUGACUUUACAGAAAGCUGAGUUUGCUGUGAACAUUUUGAUAUGAAAGCCAUGGGGAUCAGGUUAUAUACAAAUACCCUUAAAAGGGGAAAUUUAAAAAGAUAUCUUAAAAUGCCCUUAGACCUCAGAGGGUUAAAGCAUUCUCGUGUGAUAAAGUAGAUUUGUUACACUCAUGAGUAGAUCACCUCUAACUUGGAAUACAGACACAUGCAGUACUUUGAGCUAAUGUGGAUUUGGGCAUACUGUACUGGCUGCUAAGUUAUAAAGUCUCUGUGAGGCUGUGUCCACCCUGCCUGCACUGGGAGUGGGUGGAAACUUCAAGAAGCCUCAACAGGACGGCGUCUGGAAUCAUAAAUCCACCAUCACUGUUCCCACAGGAAGAGGCCGAGUCUGAGCUGUCGCAGGGGAAAUCGGACAGUGAGCAAAGUUAGAGGGGUUGGGGCGAGAAAGAAGGGCGCUCUGUGGCCUUUCUUGUGACGGUCUUACAGUAAAAGUGGCAGGGACUUUGGAGUUUGUAUGCGUAAGAGUGUGUUUGAGUGUAUGCAAAUAAUAUAACAUGAGGAUGUAUGUACAUAACAGUGCCAAAUGAAAAUGUUUUGAUGA